AUGCUGAGUCGCCGUUUCUUGGGUUCGUUCCUCAGGAAUAGCACUGCUUCUCGUUUCGCUAUGGCGACGCAGAAUAAACGGAACAAUUCUUCGUAUCUGUUGAAGGCCGUGGAUACGGACGAAAACGAGCGGCUCAACAUCCAGCAUCGCAUGUGUAUGCAUAUGCUCCAGGAGGACAUCCUCCACCAAUCUAUUCCUAAGAAGCUCGAACGAGUGGCAGACAUUGCGACUGCUAAUGGAACAUGGUUGUACGACAUAAAGGACGCUCGUGAAAAGGAGCCAGAAUCCAGAAUUGUCAGCACCAAGUACCACGGCUUCGACCUCAGCCCCGAACUGUUUCCCAAGCCGGACUCGCCCCGAAAAGUCGCUGAUAUCGACUUCACUGCGCACAACUUCUACAAACCUUUCCCCCAGGAACAUAUCGGGAAGUACGACCUCGUACACGCCAGGCACCUCAUCCUCGCGGUAGAAGGUGAAGACUUGAUACCCGCCACGGAACACAUCACCUCCCUCUUAAAACCCGGCGGCUACCUGCAAUGGGAAGAAUACGACUUCCAAGACCAGCUCGACAACUGUCACCCCUGUAAAAUGACAACAACCUGGACAACGAUCCUAAACUGGGUCGGGGAGCGGUACAGCUUGAGGUUCUCCGACAAAGUGCGGGACCAGGUCGCCGCUGCUGGCCUCGAGAUCGUCGAAAAGAAACAGUUCACCACGCGGGGUUUGCCGCUGAGCGAAGAUCACCGGCUUACUCUGCUUUUUGCUUUCCAUACUGGCGUGCCCAGGGUGUGUUUGAAGGCGAAGGGAAAGAGUGAUGAGGAGAUUGAGAAGAUCUACGCGGAAUGUUUGGAGGAGUUGGAGAGUGGGGUUAUCUUGGACUAUUAUAUGUCUAGGGUUGUGGCUAGGAAGCCUGUUAAUUAG